AUGAGUGUUACUGUUGCGCUGAAUACGCCGCUGGCCGAUGCCUUGAAUGAAGUGGUGCAGCCGAAGCUGGUCGAGCUUGGUUGGAGCACCGGCGGCGGGGAUGAUUCUGCGCUCGCGGAGUAUGUGAUAUUGAUGCUUGUCAACGGGAAGACGCAGGACCAGAUCUCUGCUGAGCUAGCGAAUGACCUACUCAGCCUUGGACCAGAAGAUACGGAAGCCGCGGAGUUUUCGAAAUGGUUGUUCGAGCAGGUUGAAGCGCUGGAUAGGCGGUUAAAUGGCGGCUCGAAAGGGGAGACGCCUCAGGAGCAACUCCCACAGGCGAUACCAUCCUUCUUAGACGAAACAAAUGGAGGAACUGGGAAUGCGACACCUGCUGAUGUGCCUGUGCCACAGCAGGAUAUGGAUAUGGAUGAUGGAGUCGGCCUCGGAGCCGAUGCGUCUGUUCCAACUGGCCCUAGAAAUAUGCGGAAUCAGAAGCAAAAUGGGCGAGGUAGAGGUAUACUCGGUCAGCUUAGCCGCGCGAUGGACCGGUCGAGCGAGUCCGUCCUGCACCGAGUCCGAAACCAGCAAGGAACCGAGAGGAUAAAUUCACACCGAGAUAACGCUAGAGGUGGCAGAGGUGGCCGAGGCAGCCAUAGGUCCCAGAUGGGAAGGCAGAUGGGCAACAAUAUGCCGAUAGGGAUGGGCAUGGGAAUGAACAUGGGAAUGGGCAUGAAUCAUAAUCAGAUGCAGAACAUGGCUCAACAGAACAUGAUGAACAUCACUCCACAACAACAGAUGCAGAUGAUGUCAAUGUUUGAGGAGCAAGCACGGAUGAUGUCUCAGCUCAUACCUGGAUUCGUGGCCCCUGCGAUCAAUCCAGCCUUUCAGAAUGGUCCCCCACAACAGGCACAGGGCCGAUCGCUAUUUGAACGUGCUGAAUUCCACCCCGGCCGACGAAACAACCAGUCUCCACAGACUACGGCUGCGGAUGUCGACAUGGACGGCGCUGAAAGCAAGCCGACUGAUGAACAGCCGGCACGAGAAGCCCCAGGUCCAGACACGGUCUGUCGGUUCAAUCUUAGAUGCACGAACAAGGAUUGUCCGUACGCCCAUCAAUCCCCGGCUGCCCCUGAAGGAGCCAGUGUCGAUGUGAGCGACCAUUGCCCAUAUGGAGCUGCCUGCAAGAACCGGAAAUGUGUUGCCCGACACCCGUCGCCCGCCCAAAAGGCAGUCCAUCAGUCUGAGGAGAUCUGUCGGUACUUUCCUCACUGUACGAACCCGAAAUGCACCUUUAAACAUCCGAGUAUGCCGCUCUGCCGGAACGGAGCGGACUGUUCGACCGAGGACUGCAAGUUUACGCAUCUUCAAACGGCUUGCAGAUUCAAUCCAUGCCUAAACCGAACCUGUCCGUACAAGCACACUGAGGGCCAGCGGGGAGCUUUCACCGACAAGGUCUGGCGUGCAGACGGCACAAAGGCAGAGACGCCACAUGUCAGCGAGAGAAAAUUCAUCAGCGACGAAGCUGGCGAAGAAGAGCUCAUCAAGCCGGGAUCAACUCCUUCGAAUGAUGCUGGAAUCAUCACCUAA